UCAAUCCUGUGAAAACAGUGACGGUACAGAGGGAAUCGUCCAGCUGAGGAGGAGGAGGGGGAAGAAAUUGAAGGAGGGCUGGUGAUGAAGAUGGUGAUGAUGCUAGCCAGGGCCUGAGGUUCCCCCCGCUGAUACAAAGGGACAGGCGGACUGCUGCUGAGGAUUAUCCCGGAGACUAGAGGACGGAGGACAGGGAGGAGGAGGAGGCAGAGAGCAUCAUCCGGAGGCUGAGCCACAAAAGGGAAAGAAAGAGGGAACCUGGAAGAGGAUUUCCGCAGUUGGAUUAAUUUGAUUUGCUGCUUUAGGCUGAGAUUUCUCAGAGGAUACUGGCCUUCACGAAGGAAGUCAGUUCAGGAUUAAUCAAGAAGCACAGGCAGAUGAUAUCCGGCCUAACUGACACCAUAUCGGACGCUUGAUACUAUUGGACCUGCUUGGAGAGAAGAUGUCGGGUCAGACGUUGACAGACCGCAUCGCCGCGGCGCAGUACAGCCUGACGGGAUCCGAGGUGUCCCGAGCGGUGUGUAAAUCCACCACACAUGAGCAGACCGCUCCAAAGAAGAAGCACCUGGAAUACCUGGUCCAGGCCACCCAGGAGUCCACUGUGAACGUUCCCCAGAUGGCCGAUACACUGAUGGAGAGGGCCGGCAACGCCAGCUGGGUGGUGGUUUUCAAAGCCCUGAUCACCACACACCACCUCAUGGUGCAAGGCAACGAGAAAUUCCUGCAAUUCCUGGCUUCUAGAAACACCUUGUUCAACCUCAGCAACUUCUUGGAUAAAACUGGCUCCCAUGGCUAUGACAUGUCCACAUUUAUCAGACGCUACAGCCGUUAUCUCAACGAGAAGGCCUUCGCCUACAGACAGAUGUCUUUUGACUUUGGACGUGUCAAGAAAGGAGCUGAGGGAGCGAUGAGGACUAUGUCUGUAGAGAAGCUGUUGAAGGGAAUGCCGACCCUGCAGAGCCAGAUCGACGCACUGCUGGAUUUUGAUGUACAUCCUCCGGACCUGGACAAUCCAGUGAUAAAAUCCUGCUUCCUCCUGCUCUUCAAAGAUCUGAUCAAGUUAUAUGCCUGCUACAAUGACGGCGUCAUUAACCUGCUCGAAAAGUUUUUCCUGAUGAAGAGGAGCCAGUGUAAAGACGGCCUGGAGAUCUACAAGAGAUUCCUGACACGAAUGACUCGGGUUUCCGAGUUCUUCAAAAUCGCUGAGCAAGUGGGAAUAGACAAAAAUGACAUCCCCGAACUCACUCAGGCCCCAGAAAGUCUUCUAGAGUCCCUGGAGACCCACCUCAACACCCUUGAGGGGAAGAAGCCGUAA